AUGUGUGCGGCACCCGCCCCUCGGCCCUCUCUCUGCCCGCUGCACGACGGCUCUGACAGGAGACACCUCGUUCCCGAACCGGCUCAGUACUUUGCUACGUUUCCGAAAACAAAGGGGGCCGAAGAAAUUCAAAUCAUCAAGUGGUACCUGCUCAAGGGAUUCAAUACCCUGACACGUCUUGGCCUACCCAACACAGGAGAAGCAUUCCUGGAGAACCCCAGCAGAAGUAUUCGAAACAUGGGGGCCCGGCGACUGUGCUCGACUACUUGUCGCUGCAGAACUUCUCAAAGCGUCAACACGGCCGCGGCUAUCCGCUAA